AUGAGACGGUUCCAAGUAUUUGAUCAAAUACAGGCACUGUUUGACUUUGUGGGAACACAUUCCUCAGCCACAGAGUAUUUUUACAUAAAGGAAGCUACAUCAGCAGUAUCAAUAUCUAGCACAGUUCCCGGCACUCUUGUGGAUCAUUACUUGAAUGCCCCAUUGAACAUUCAUGUUCGAUGGAUGGAGAUGGAAGAUGUACAAGCCCUUUUCCACCAGCAGAAUUCAGUUAUUUUGCCAAGUCCAGAUGAACUUGAGACUAGCGAGGUUCAAGAUGACCUUGAAACAGUGGAAUCUGUGACUCCAGACGAAAUUCACAGUCAAGAUGACAUGGAAAUCAUGGAUUCUGGAGAAGAAAUGUACUCAAAUCACAGAGAAAAUGUCUCUGAAACAGUGGAUUUUGGACCAGAAAUAUAUACCAACUACAUCAAUAUAAUGCCAGACAAUGAUUUACCUGAGCCAGAUGACCAAGAUCAUCAAGAUGGUUCUGAAGUUAUGUAUUUGGAAGACUUUGUCGGUUCUACAGAGGAUAUACUUUUGGAGCUUGGGAAAGAAAUAAACUACAACUUAAGCUGCAGAUUCAACAUUAAUCGAAAAAAUGUACUAGAUGGUGCAUUCAGAGCAUUUGGACGAAAAUCCUAUGAUCCCUUCAAAAGAAUUUCUGUUCGAUUUUCUGAUGAAUGUGGAAAUUUUGAAGAGGGUGUGGAUUUGGGAGGCCCACGGAGGGAGUUCCUUAGCUUGCUCAUAGAAGAAAUUGAAAAAUCUUCAAUGCUUGCGGGCCCAGAUGGAUGCAAAAACCUUGCUCUUGACUCUGUUGCUGUCAGACAAGACAGAUACUAUCUUGUUGGAAAAGCUAUAGCUGUCAGCAUGGUUCACGGGGGACCAUCUCCAGGAUUCUUUUCACCCACUUUGUUUGAAUGCAUCAGUAAUGGACAAGUCUCACCCACGAUAGAAGAUGUAAAUGACUUGGACUUGCAAGCUAAAAUCAAAAAGAUUUCACUUGCUGCAACCAUGGAGGAGUUGUGUGAGGCAACAGAGUGUAUGAGUGAAUACCUGGCAAAUGCAGGAUGCCUUCGAGCUGUAAAAUGCCUAAAAGACAAAGAUCUGCUUUUACAAGACAUCCUAAUGUUCCAAGUCGUGAACAGACUUCAUGGUCCACUUGAACGACUUAAGGAGGGCUUGAGCACUCUAGAACUGUUGGAGGCUGUUGUUAAACACAAAGAAGCCUUCAGGCCCCUUUUUUGCAGCCCACCACAGCCACUUACAGCAGAUGCCCUCGAUCAGUUAUUCGAUAUUCGUUACUCCACUGUUGGAAGUAACAAGCGGGCAGAGGAAAACACCACAGUGGCAUUCUGGAGGGACUACCUUAUAGAUGUAGAAGAGGGCACCUCUAGCUGCACGCUACAGAAAAUUCUUACAUUUGCAACUGGAUGCAGUGCUCUUCCUGCAAUAGGAUUAAAGCCACAGCCAUCAAUUGAGUUCUUGCACCCCAUGGACACUUCAGAGAGAGAGAAGUUUCCAACUGCAAACACAUGCAUCAACUGUUUGCACCUUCCUUUGCACAAAAACUAUGAAAUGUUUAAGUCUAAUAUGGACUUUGGCAUUUGCAACACUCAAGGGUUUGGUCAAGAGUAGUAUGAGAAAUAUUUGAAGGGCUACUUUGUUGACAAGUUUGUUGUCUUAGAUUUCAGUAUACAUUCUGCAAA